UUAGACACUUGAAGGAGGGUUUCAGGUUAGUCACCUGGAGUGGUUUCCGGGUGAUCAGGACUGAUUCCUCGGCACCCCUGUGGGAAGCCCAAGCUCUCCAGGGAGAGGACAAGACCAGCAGUGCCUGAGCCAGGCUCUGUGCCACUGUGGCUGCCUGUGGCAGGUCACUAGACUGACCGGGCUCAUGGUCCAGCGCACCCGGGAGCGGGCUGUGGCCCGAGGAGGCCAGGGCCAGCCCCAGAGUGCCCCCCAGCGCCGUCCCCUGGCCGCCGCUCACUCGGUCCCGCCCUGCUGCUUCCCCCCAGGCUGUUCUGGAGCGAGCGGAAGAUCACCAAGGCCCGGGAGUGGUUCCACCGCACCGUGAAGAUCGACUCGGACCUGGGGGAUGCCUGGGCCUUCUUCUACAAGUUCGAGCUGCAGCACGGCACAGAGGAGCAGCGGGAGGAGGUGAAAAGGCGCUGCGAGAACGCCGAGCCCCGGCACGGGGAGCUGUGGUGCGCCACGUCCAAGGACAUCGCCAACUGGCAGCGGAAGAUCGGGGAGAUCCUGGUGCUGGUGGCGGCCCGCAUCAAGAACACCUUCUGACUGUUCCGGCCCUGCUGGCUGGGGGCGGGGCGGGGGGCGUGAGAGCUGUCUGUCCUGUCUUUGAUUAAAGGCUUUCUAGUAGUCGUGGGGUUUGUGGCCGGCGGGUGUUCUCCGAGCCCUCCCCUCGCAUGCUUUGGCCGCCCCAGUCUGCCCCGCGCUGGACGGGGCUCACUUUCCAGGGGGCCUCGUGAGCCCGUGCCCACAGAGGAGACGCCAGGGGAGCGGUGAGGCUCUCCAGGGCUUUAUGGAGAUGGUGGCAGGACCUCGUGUCCUGGGUAAAAGCCCCGCGUGGGGACAGCCGGGGUCUGGCUGGCCUGGCGACUCCAGUGCCCCUGCUGGUGCACGCGCUCUCCCGCCCCGGGGUGCUCUGCGGCCCCCACCAGCCCGCAGCGGCAGGCUGCGUGUGCCCCUGGGUAGGUGACUUUCCUGGGUGCGGACGGGCCUGGCCCCUGAGGUGCUGCCCCCAGCGCGUGAGAGGCUCGCUCCCAUUGGCAGGUGAAUUCACUUUUGCUAAUUUGGCGUCAGCAAUUUUAUGCUAAAGCACUUGUAACUGUCCUCUCUUUAGACUGCAAAUGCAUUCAUUACUUGGGAGACUUGAGCGUGUUUUCACCAUGUGAGGAUGAAAGACUUCCUCGGGCUCUGGAUCCCUGCGUCUGUGUCCCGUUGGAAACUAGCUAGUUCUCUUGGAAGGGGGUGCGUUGGCCACGGCUGGAGACAUCUGGCCGGAGGUCAGGGUCGGUCCAGAGGCCAUGGGCCGGGCGAAGAGAUGCGGAUCGUCACGUGUGGUGACGAGAAGGGCGGCUGGCGGUUACUCCCACACAUUCUUUUGUAAGAAACCAUCCCAGAGGGGCUCCUCGGUGCUCGUUCUGCGGGUCAGUCACUGACCCGUGGCUUAGCCCUCUGGCAGCAGCCGAGGUUGGGGAGCAUGCCCUUCUCGUCAGCACCAAGGGCGUGGGCAUCUGCCUGCAGAGCACGGGCCCAGCCGGGUCCACCUCCGUCGCUCUGGGAGCCACAAGGUCGUGGCCAGCCCUGGGCGGGAUCGGACCAUCCCUGUGUGGGGUCAGGAACUGCUGGUGCCAGGGUGGGCGCCCGGGGCAGGCCCCGCUCACGGAUGGUCUGUGGCUCUGGAAAUCCUUCCUCUCCUUACCCGAGGUCAGCCAGUCCCAGAGGGCCAUGCCGGAGGUUCCUGGGUGUUGUCACUGACCUCAGGAGUUUCCUGUGAUCCCUUUUGGAGGAGGUCCUGCCCAUUGCACUGGAAAGUGAGUCCUGAAGUUUUUAGGAGCUUGAAAGCCAGCCUGUCCCUGUACAGAUGUGGAAACUGAGGCCCAGGAAGGGGCAGUGACUUGGCUGCGGCCACAGGGCAGCUGGCAGCCCUCAGUUGCUUGUGGCUUCUCCCGGACACUUUCUCUGAUCUCAGGUCAGGUGAGGCCUCCCACAGGGCCCUUGGAACGUUCCAGAGCAUCUGAUUGGCCACAUGCAAAUGUCUCCUCGUUUGCCUGGGGAUUGUUUUCUCAAUGCCUCGAGGUGGUGGUGAAACUACUUUUCUCCCUGGGGAAAACAUCUCUUAGCUUUUCUUCCACUGACAUUUUUCAGUUCCAGCUCAAGGCUAGCUGAGUUCCUAGGCUUGGGCAGGGCUGGGGGCAGCCCCAGCACACUGCCCGGCAGGGUGCUGUGGCCCGGCUCCCUGCAAGCCUGGUUGGUGAGUGGCCGUGAGCUCCCCCGGCAAAAGACCCCCCUCGGCCCAGGACGGGCGAGCAGUGGGAAGCACCUCUCCCCUGAGUGCUGGGCCAGCGGGGAGCCGGGAAGUCCCCUGCCUGGGACCUGCUGGGGCAGGACCCCCCGGACGUCAGGGUGGGGGAGCUGGGGGGUGGAAGGGUUACGUCCUGCUCACCUGGUCCUGCUGGUGGCCAAGUUCCUGGCAGAGGCAGCACCUGCUGACCACCGAGGAAGGCCCUGGAGAAGGGCGACCCCGCUUCUCCUGGCUCCCCUUCCCCAGCAGCCGGGCCCUACCCUGCUCUCUGCCCACCGAGCGCCCUGGCCCCUCCUCGGCAGAGAAGAUCUCCCAGGUCCGGCUUAAUCCAAGAUCCACUGGGUGGGAAGACAGCCCGGUGGGGCUGGGCUCCAGGGUCAGGUUAAUUGAAGAAGUGAUUGGAUAGCGGUGGGGAGAGGGAGGGGGCAGGGCUGGGAUCCUGGGGCCUCCCUCCUCCCUCCCCCCUUUGCUCAGAGGAGCCAACUUCAAAAGCCUCGGCUGCCUGCCGUCCAGGGAAGCCUUGUUGGCCGGGUUUGGAGCGGACCUGGAGUGGCAGCGGCGCUCCCCACCUGAGGACCCCAGGAUCAUGUCCCAGGCCCACUGGCGGGAGUGAGGGAGGGCCUGAGCCUGAGAAGCCCAUGGUGAGCAGCUGUGGGCCGCUGGGGAGGGGGCUGACUUCGGCUGGGCAGGGAGCGUGCACAGCCCAGGAGAGGCUGCUGUCCCGCCGUGUCCCCACCGGGAAACUCCCCUUGGUUCCCGUCACCGCAGCCUGGCCCUGGGUGCUCCUGACGGGCCUUCCCGGCAGCUGCAGCGGCGGGGGGGAGGGAGUCUCCCUCCUGGAGCUGGGGCCACCCUGUCCUCAUGGGUUGGACUGGCCUGAGCCUCGGGCCCUGGUCAGGGGCAGACAGGCCUUCCCGGGACACCCUGGGCAACCAACCUACCCCACUUGGACGUCCCUCCAGCACCAACGGCUCUUGUGCUCACUAUGAUCUCUGAUCCUCAGCAGGCAGAGGGGGCGACUGAGCUGGCCAUCAUGCCAAGCCUGUCUAGGGAGGGGGUGGGCUUCGAGAAGGGCCCACAGCUAAUUGCAUUUGGUCCUCCGGCCAACGCUGCCGGGUGCCUCAGGCAGGGAGCCCCCACGGCCUCCAGGUCCGGCCCUGCGUGGUCAGGCUCUCCUGCCAGGCUGGGAAGCAGAGUCGAGUCCUGUGUCUCGAGUCCCAAGUCUCGCUGGGUUCACAUGAUUGAUUUUCCAGUGCUGUGUGACUCCAGCCCGGGGGCUGGGAGCCUGCAGACAAGCUGCUCUCUCUCUCUGAUAUUCGGGCUUCUGAGUGGGGGUGGGCUUCUUCACCAUGAGAGCCAGUUUUCUUUCUGGGGGAGGGGAGCCCUGGUGGUGUGGACCACGGUCCCCUUCCUCCCUUCGCCUUGGGCUUUCCCCAAGCCUUCCCCUCCCAAAGGGGUGUGGCCUUGAGCUCUGAGCCCUCACCCCUGUCCUGGUUGGGUUGGGGGUGCAAGGGAACCCCAGCCCCCAUGGCUCUCAGAGCUGGUAGCAGAGCCAUGGGGAGGGUGAGGAGAAGCUGCUCGGCCAUUGAGGGGGCAGAUCAGUUCUGCCCUCUCCUGUGGGGCACCUGGCGAUGAGCCCAGCUCUGGUGGGCAUGGGUCAGGGCAUGGCCAAGGGUGAGACUGUACAGGGGGUGCUUCCCGCUGUAGGCAGACCUAGGUCAGUCCUGCCCCCCAGUCUUAUGGGUACUUGGGCCCUCACACCCAUGCAGAUCAGAGCCGCGGGUGCUGUCGUCUGUCCUUCCCCAAACCUGCCAGCCCUGUGCCUAGAGCAUUUGUUGAAUGGCAUGGCGACGUCUCCGUUAUACCAGCUUAGAGAUUCCCUUGUACAGGGGCCCCCCAGGCCCGCGCUCUGGGCGCUCCUGCUGGCACUGCUGGGGGCUGCACCGGGCCGGGCCAGGCUCGGCGCCUGCAGCGUCCCCGACGUGCUCCACCACUACCGCGCGGUCAUCUUCGAGGACCUGCAGGCCGCGGUGAGGUGGACUGGGCCGGGCUCCAGACAGCUCCAUUUCAUUCAGAAAAACCUGACUGGAGCCGCGGCCUCCCGAUGGCGGGGCCGGGUGGGAGCCUCCUGUGGCGCCCAGAAGGAGCACAGUAUCCUACUGUCCAUCGUGGCCCUGGGUCGGACCCUACGUGGGGCGGUGGCCGGGGGCCGCCGCGGGGCUCUGGAAAAGGCGGCUUGGACCGUGGCCGUGCGCACCGAGGCGGUGAUGCGGCGCCACUGCCGGACGCUGCGCCAGCGGAGCCGGCGGCGCGAGACGCGCCCUGUUCGGCGUCGGGGCGGCCGGAGGCGGCUCCUGCUGCGCGCCCUGGACGCCGUCGCCACCUGCUGGGAGAAACUCUUCGCGCUGCGCGCCGCGGCCACCGACGGCUCCUGGGGCUCCUAA